AUGUCUGAAAACUGCCCUGUUACCCAAAAAGCACCAGGAUAUCUGAGACACUGCACCAAGCAACCUGUUUUCCUAAUUCUCUUCACCUGCGCAGCCAUUUCUGCCCUUCACCUGGGGAUCCUACUUCCCCCACCCCCACCCCCCACUCAACAGACAGCCUACCCGGGUCUAGCCACAGACGGACCCACACACCUCUCCACCUCGCCCCUCCCUCAGCCCCUUACAGGUACCACGCCUUCCUCUACCUGCUCUCCCCCCACGUAUCUCGUCUCCCUCCCUCCCUUCCCUCCGCUGCUGCCGGCCCGCUCGUCUCUACCAGACAAAAUCCCGCACCCCAAACCGGCGCUUCGCUCCCUCCGCACGCCGUCCUCCAGGCGCGCGCACCUUCCCCCGCAACCUGCCCCGCCGCCGCCCGCCGCCCAUCUCCUUAAACACACACCACCCCGCUCGCCCUCCCCAACUCCCCCCACGCCUCCCGCUCAGGAACUCUUCCUUCCACCUGUCCCCACGGCUCACCUGCCGCUCCAACAACAUCACCCCGACCGCUCAGGCCCCCCCAUCUCACGCGCGCUCCACCCGUCCCCGCCGACGACCCCCACUCCAAAGUCGCCCUCUUCUGCUCCCGGACCCCCUCCAUGCUCCCCCCAGCGAGGACAUCCUCCACGCCAGCCGCUCGUCCCGCUGCCGCUGCGUGAGCGCCCUGCUCACCUUCGGCCCACACGCCGUCCUCCCUCCGCCCCACCACCUGCCCCACCGUCCCCACCUCCCUCCCAAACUCCUCAAACUCCGGCCGCUCCCCGCCCCCGCCCGCCCCCCCCAGCACCUCCCCAGACGGGCACCUGCCCCGUCCCCCCACGGGCGCCCCGUCCGUCCCCGGCCCGCCCAGCGCCCCGCCGCCCUCGGGGCUCCCCGCACGCCUCCCCCCGGGGCUGCCCAAGCCUCCGGGCCUACCUCGCACACGCCUCCUCCCCAGCGCCCUCGGCGGCCGCACCACCGCGGGGCGACCCCUCGCGCCCCCCGGGCCGGGACGCCCGCGUCCCCCACUCCCGGGGCCGCGAAUCCCCAGCCUCCCCUCCGCGUCACGCCCGCCCGGCCCACCCCGACCCCCGGGCGCGGCCCCCGCCCGCCGGGACGCCCUCCGUCCCUCGCGCACACGCCCGGCCCGGCCGAAGGCCCCGGCGCUCGCGGGACGCCCUGCACCCCGCGUCCCCCGCAGACCCGACCGCGCCCCCGGGCGCCCCCGCCCGCCGCGCCCCCAGCCCCGUCCCCAACGUCCUCCAGCACCUGCCCCGCGCUCGCUCUCUCGCCCAGGCCCCCGCGCCGGCGCCCCGCACGGUCCACACCCUCCCCUCGCGGGGGCCGGCGCCCCGUCCCCACGAAGGUGAGGGAGGCUGCCCGCUGCCCUUGUGCGAGGCGGCCGGGGCGCCGCGGCGGCGGCGGCGGCCACAAUGCCGGAGCCCCGGGGGCCGGGAUCGCUCUGCUCCCCGGCCGCCGCCGCCGCUGCUAAGGACGCACAACAAACAAUGCGGGGCCCGGGCCGGCUCCGCCAACCGCCUCAACCGCCGCCUUAACCGCCGCCCGCCCGCCCGCCCGGGACGGCCCGCCGCGCAGGCGCCUGCCCCGCCGCCGCAGCCUACCCGCGCCGCCGCGCUCUGCCCGCGCCCGGUCCCCGCUCCCGCUCCGCCGCCGCCGCCACCUCGUCAGCCCGCGUCUCCAGCUCCUCAACCCAGCGGCGGCGGCUGCGGCGGCUGCUGCCCUGGUGGCGCUCGCGGCUCCGGUCUCCUCUUCGGCGGCAGCGGCGGCGGGCACGUGACGCCGCCGAGCGCGCCCAUUGGCCGGGCCGGGGGGCGGGCCCCGCGGCUGCUGGGGAACGGAAAGCCCGCCCCCUCGCUCGCCGCGCGCCCCCUCCACGCGCACUCUGCCGCACCUGAGAGCACCGGCCAGCGCCCGCUGCCACGGUGCCGCGCCGCCGCCUGCGCCAACGGCGCACCUGGGGACGCGCAGGGAGCACACGCUGAUGGCGGCUGCAUGCACCUGUGA